AUGGCGUCCAAGGCGUUCGUGCUGUUCCUGGCCGUGAACCUGGUGGUGCUGGGCGUGGCCAGCGCGUACUCGCCCUACGACGCAACCUUGACACAGACUACCACAAAAACGCACAUUCGUCUGUGGUCGUUAUGCACGCCAUGGUCGCCCAGCGGUUGCUCCCUCGACUUGCUGAAGCUGGGCGUGCGCGCCGACGUGCUAGGCCUGAUCAAGGCCCAGGUGGGCACGCCACCGGCGCUACCGUGCUGGUCCCUCCUCCAGGGGCUCGUCGACCUCCAGGCUGCCGUCUGCCUCUGUACUGCCGUCAAGGCCAAUGUCCUCGGCAUCCAGCUCAACCUCCCCAUCAACCUCAGCCUCAUCCUUAACUACUGUGGCAAGAACGUGCCCAGCGGCUUCCAGUGCUGAUCGAUCGC